AUGGCGGCAUCACCGCUCCUAGUCCACCUCUGUCCCGCACCCGACCCUAGCGAGAAGGCGAUCCGCAAGGUCCAUAGUUACUUCCAGUCAGGGAAGCGGUCGGGCGGCGGUGAAUGCGAGGUGCGGACGGGUUCCGAGCCCGGCACCUACUGGGUGCACUUCCAGAAGGAGGAAGAUAAGAAGAAUGUGGAAUCCCGUACGGAUCACAUCUUGGAAAUGGGUGGCAGAAGGCUUAAGAUAGUCAUCCAGCCCGUAGAGGGGAGCCUGAGCAAAAGCCCAUUCACGGAGGAGGCCUAUUCCAGCCACUCCAUCCCUUCCAGCUCUUCCUCACCUCGGCAGGAGCAGCAGGCAGCCUGUGGCUAUGGAGACGCAGCCAUGGAAGUAAUUUCCAAAAAGAUAUUUCUUACAGUGUCUGCAACUUUGAAUAGCAGUAUGUUCUCUGAAGAGGAAAGGGAGAAAAUUACCAUUAUAUGUCCAAAUUUAAAAAGAGAAGCAAAUCUUGAUAUUGAUGGCUGGGAGAAGUUGACAGGAGAUUUUACAGAUAUUGAAAAAGCUUAUCACUACUUUAAGGAUAUCCUGGCAGGCAAUGACCCACACCAUGAUUUUUCACAUUCUGAAAGCGAGAAUGGUUUGAAAGCUGAAAAUGGUGUGGAUAGUGAAAAGGUGAAUGUGCUUAGAGUUCCAUCAGCUGUCUAUGAAUAUUUCAGUUAUGUUUGCCAAAAAAAAAUCAAAGAACUAUGCGAACGUUACGGAGUGCGCAUUGGAAGUAAAGAUGAAAGUGGAACCACAUUAAUACACUUCACUUCUGAUAAAAGUCCUGCAUCAGUACAAAAAGCUAUCGAUUCUUUUACCAGAAUUUUUCAGCAAAGUGUACAAAAUCUGAAACAGGAAAAAAUUCAAGUAGCAGACAGCUAUACAAUAACUGACACAAUAAUGAAACUAAAUGCUAGAUUUAGUAAUCUUCUUGUCAAGGAGGAAGGGAAUUGUUUGGUACUCCGUGGUCCAGAGAGUGAGCUUUCAGAUGCCCAAAAGUUUUUAGCAGAGAAAGGUGAGAACAACCAAGCUGAAAAGAAUAUAAAAAUGUCAUCAGAAUUGUACCAAUACAAGAAUGGAAUCGAAGUAGAUUCUUCUGUGUUUAAAUUGUUGGAAACAAUACUAAGCAAAGAAAUUGAAGUUAUUGAAGACAAUUUUGAUACAGUAAUAGGAAAGAAAGAGAGUUCCUGUGGCCAGAAGAUGCUCAUAGUAUUUAGACCUAGGAUCAAAACUAAUGAUAUGUCUUCACAUGCUACUGAAAGUUUCAUCAAUGCAUUUCAGAGUGCUUCUGCAAUGUUAAGAUCAAAGCUCAUGAGUUCAAGGCUUUCAGAAGAUCAGAAGAAAAGAUUAAAUAUACUAGUGAAUGGAAAACAAUUAGAAAAUCUGCAUGUAAAACUUAGCAAGAAGGAAGACAAAUUCAUCCUAAGUGGUUUACCAGACCAUCUUAAUGCUGCUGAAAAGCACAUUAUGAAUGUUCUUAUCACUGAAGAUUCAAAACAAACUGAAAAGAGGACACCACUGUCUUCUAAUCCCACCUAUCAAGAAGCUGCAGGAGCAUCUGAGAUAAAAUACAAUGGCAGGCAAAAGAAUAAUCUAUUUUCUGAAGGGCAGGCUAAGGCAAAGACAGAAGAAGACCAGGAUGUAUGUCCAAUUUGCAUGGACAGAAUUAGUAAUAAAGAAAUACUGAGCAAGUGCAAACAUGCCUUUUGCAAAAGUUGCAUUGAGGAAGCCAUGAGUUAUAAGAAAAGUUGUCCCAUGUGUCAUACUGUCUAUGGACUCAUGGAAGGAGAUCAACCAGAAGGAAAUAUGUCAACUGACAGGGUGUCAACACAUCUCCCUGGUUAUCCCCAUUGUGGUACCAUUGUGAUUACAUAUGAUAUGCAUGGUGGUAUUCAAACUAACAACCAUCCGAACCCAGGGAAACCUUAUUCUGGAACUCAUCGAAAAGCAUAUUUACCUGACAAUAAAGAAGGGAGAGAAAUUCUGCAGCUCCUCAGAAGAGCCUUUAAUCAAAAACUGAUUUUCACAGUGGGGCAGUCACAUACUACCGGUGAACAAAAUGUCAUCACGUGGAAUGAUAUUCACCACAAAACUCGUACAACUGGAGGACCUAGCAAUUUUGGUUACCCUGAUCCUGAUUAUCUGCAGCGAGUUCGUUCCGAAUUGAAAGCAAAAGGAAUCGAAUAAAGAAAUUUAUCAUCUGUCAACUCUUAAGUGUAAUAACUGAACAUGUAGUGGGUAAUUUACUCAGAAGAAAGAAGUUACUUUGUUCAACUGUGUUAAAUCUCUUUUAUUUCUCAGUCACCUAAGAAUUAAGAAACCUUUUUUCAUCAAACAGUAUGUUCUUUUUUACACAUAGCAUCAGUCUUAGCACUUACCAAAUGUGUAUCUUAUUUUACCAGUUAAUCUGAUUUGCACUUUUUCUCUCUUCAGUUUGACCACCAAAACAAAUAGAUCCACUACUAGCUUUUAUUUUAUCAAACACUUAAUUUUAGUUUUGUCUUACUAUGUCUGUCCUCAUGGAUAGCAUCAUGGAGCACAUCUGCUGGAAAAUUUGUAUGCAGCUGUUAUAAUAUCGGCUUUGAUCAGGCUAUGAUCUUCUGCUGCUUUUUCUUUUCAGGGUAGAACCAUUAGCAUUAAUGGUUUGGAUUUUUAAACAUGGAAUUAGUAUGGAUAAUGUAUGAAGGGGUAUGUGGUUGCUGCUGCUGUUUCUUUAACCCUGCACAAGUGCUGCACGCUCAAAACUGUGUUGUAGCAAUUGGAGACUAACAGUGAUGGUGGCUGGCUGAGAUAAGGGCUGUCAAGAUCUGUGCCUUUCAUUGUUUAAGCUUACAUACAACUUCUAAAUCAGGUUUGCAACUACAAAAUGGUAUUUUUCUCAUUGUUUCCAAUACAUGGUUUGAAUUGUUACUACUCUGCACUCUCCUGUUAACUCGCCUGUUAAUUACUUUGGUGAUGGUGUGAAAUAGCUUUCACUUAAUACUGUUAGUGGGUUAAACCAUGUUAAGCUAUUAAAUAUAACAAAUAAAAUACCAUA